UGAGCCGCUUAUGCUCACAAGGGAGCCUAACACAGCUAUCUCCAGGCAGAAGGUAGGGUACACCCUGACUGGUUAUCAUGCCCAAUAAAAAGGGGGGGGGGAAUAAAAGUAACAAAAUAUACGUAUAUAACACUGAGCUGCUGGGUGUGUUGUUUGAGUUACAAACGGAUAAUAUUGGGAGGAAUGCUACUGUGUCGUAGUUCUCCUUUUUGUGAUUUGCCUUUAUUAGAUUUGAGCCUGGUCGUGGCCCGUAGUUUCAAAGGUUGCCUAGCAACAACAAUACAACAACAAUAAUAUCGCCUUCGCCCCCAAAUUGCUAAAACGUUCGGACACUUCAGGUGGGUUCGAGAGGGACAGGGAAAGACAUUCCAACUGCAACUUGUGACUUUUGAGUGGCAGCCAUCGGAGGCCUACGAGUUCGUCGACAUGUCCGUGCCUUUCUGCAACGCCCACCUGAGGAUUCCACGAGGGUUCGGCGCCCUCCUGGAAGGCCUGGUGCGAGAAAUUCUUCGUGACCAACCUCGAGACAUUCCAAUUUACGCCGCCAUCUACUUCAAGCGUCUUCUCAGCCAACGAGAUGGUACUGGCGUGGACCCCACUGAGUGGGCUGCCAGCCUGGAAGACAGAUUUGACAACGACCGUUCAUUUCAGGCUGUUCCUGAAAAGGAGCCGGGGACAGAAGUUCAGACUACACCUGAAGAAAAAAGUUCUGAUCUACAAACUGAAGAAGCUCCUGCUCAGUCAGCAGAAGUCACAGAGCAAGUCUCAGCAACAACUUCUGAUCAAGUUGACCCGACAAAAGUUCUAAAGGAGGAAGAUCAGGAUGUAUUGGCAUCUGAAACACAAAGUGGAGUCUUAGAGCAAGAAGAGAGAGCUGAAGCUGGAAAAGAUGAGGAAGCUAAGGAGGUAGCGCAGGAGGAGGCCCCAGAGGUGGCUAAGGAGGAGGCUCAGCACGCACAGGAGGAGGUCCAGAAAGAGACCCAGGAAGAGGCUCAGAAGUUGGCUCAGGAGGAGACUAAAGAGGAGGUUCAAGAGGUGGCUCAGGAGGAGACUCAGGAAGAGGGUCAGGAUGAGGCUGGGGAGGUGGUUCACAAGGAGGCUCCAGAAGAGGCCCAGGAGGAAGCUGAGGAAGAUACUGAAGGAGGCACUGAGGUGGAAGCCGAGGAGCCUGGAGAAGCACAGACAACUACGGAAAUAGUCACAGCUCCUGAUAACGAAGAUGCUGAUAAUUCACAGGCUGCUGACGAUGAGCGCGUCAUAGUCCACACAGAAGAAACGGAAGAAACACAGCCUCAAAGCGAAACCCUCGAUGAUGAAGAUAAAGUUGAGGCUGAGGCCGAAAGAUCAAAUGAGGAGGAAGGGGCACUAACCGAGGCUCCUAAUGAGGAAGAUAAUGAAUCAGCGAAUGCAGAAGUAAAUCUGGACAACAGCAAUGAACUGGCAGAGGUUGAGGUUGACUCUGUGGAGAUCCCACAGGCUGAGAACCAACCAGAAGAAGGUCCAGAGGAUGUUUCAGAGAUGGAGAUACAGGAAAGCCAAAGCAACAAUGACCCUGAAAUAGAGGAGCAGCAAGAUGAUGCCAACAAUGAGGAAAUAGAAGAUAAAACGGUUGAUGACUCUCUAGAGGAGGCCGGGCCAGCGGAUGCACCAGAGUCCAAUGAUUAGAAGGGGACGAGACUCCUGCCUGCCAGCUGACCUGCUCUCUACGCCCGACGUCCCAACUACCGCUGCUGCACCUGACUUCCUGCCCGAUCCUUGACCAUUGAAUAAUAAACGUUUUUCCCGAUGUACAUCUGCGUCUCCCGUGUACCCCUGCGUUUGGGUCCUACCUUCGUUCCGAUGGGCCAUGACAGUCUCACCUCUUUUUGAAAAGUCACACAACAUUCUUCCUUUCUCAACUUCCACCACCUGAUUCUCUGCUUUACCUUUGUCUUCUUAAUCUUCCUACCCGCUAUCAGUCAACCUACACACCACCAUCCUAUGCUUUCUAAAUCUGAAAUCAGUCAGAACUUAAUCUUGAGUCCAAAUGGAGAACGCAUGCAAAGGCAGUAGAACUAUUUAACAAGUACAUGAUGGUACAAGAGAUCAGCAAACAAAAUGGAUUAUUAAAAGCUAUCAUUGAAUACAAUUGAAAAAAAACUUUUAUUCUGACACCAUUAUGAAUAAAAAUCAUCAUAAUGAAAAUGUAAAAUUUCAUAUACUACAAAAAAGAAAAACUCAAUACAACUCAGGUCGAGCAGUGAGUUCAAAUGUCAUAAAAAGUUAAAAGUGAAAUGAAUGACAGUAAUAGAAGUAACAUAAAUGCAUACAGCUUUAUAUUCUCUAAGGUAGUUAUUAAAGAUGACCUUAAUCUGCUAGAAAGAUUGUUCAAAAGGGAAUUAGUCAUUUAUCGGGGUUGUUGUAUUAAUUUGAUAAUACAGUAUCUGUAUGUAUGCCAUUUAUCAGCGCUUUGAGAGCGAGUAUUGAAUCAGCUGUGGCCGGGAAGAAAAAAAUAAAUUAAAAAAAGCUGUGGCUGGAGAGCCAGUGUGGUAAUUAAAAGUCACACAGUUCUGCAUUGGAAUAAUCACAUGAAACAGCUCGGAGGGUGGGCUCUAGUGUCAUGUUAUAUAUAGCUUCUAAAUAGUUUCGUUUUCUCUAAUGUAUCUUUGUCAGGUAUUUACAGUGGAUAUAAAAAUGCUACACACUCCUGUUCAAAGGUCAAGCUUUUGUGAUUUAAAAAAAAAAAUAACACCAAGGUAAAUCAUUUCAAAAUGUUUUCCCCCCAUUCUUGUGACCUAUAACCUGUAGAACUCAGUGGAUUUUUUUUUUUCUUUUAAAUAGAGGUAAAAAUUAAAUUCAUGUUCAUUGGGUGACCAGACAGUACAAGCCUGAAGCCAUUUCAAGUGGCUCAUGUUUGGUGUUGUAUUUGCAGAUAUUAUUUUGGAAUUAUGAUCAAAAAGUUCAGCCAUUUCAUUGCACCAUAACAUUUUUGCCCAUGUGUUUGGGAGAUUUUGUCACGGUCCGAUCAAACCAAGUUUGAACUAUUUGACUAUAAUUCCAAAAGAUAUGUUUGAGGCAAACACACACAUCACUGCUCAUUACCAAAUGAACACCGUACCUACGAAGAAGAAUUGUCGUGGCAGCGCCAUGCUUUGUGGCUGUUUUUCCAUCAACUGGACCAGGGGCCUCAAACAAAGUGGAGGUAAUUGUGAACUGUUCCAAAUAGUAGUUCGUUUUACCAUACAAACCGGAGGCCUCUGCUAAAAGGUCAACUAAAUGUCACGAAAAGACUGCAAGAACAGUACUUUCAUUCCUGUAUGUCAGUAAUACCAUUAUUUUUUAUUUCUAUUGCCGUCAUGAAUGUCACCCGCUAUAAUGACCUCUUUAAUAGCCUAAGACAAAAAUCCUGUACACUUCUGACUUGUCCCUGAC